AUGGAGAAUCGAAGAGAGAUCGAUCUGUUGAUUGAAGAACAGUUGCAUGUUCAUGGUUCUGAAAGUCCAGGAACUCAAAUUGUUUCAGUAUUGUUGACAAGCAAAAACUAUCUCAUUUGGAGAUGUGCAAUGAUUUCAGCACUGGAAUCUAAGAUGAAAGUUGGAUUUGUGGAUGGUAACUUUCUAAUGGCAGCUGAUGAUUCACCAAUCAUUCUGAAAUGGAGGAAAGCAAACAGCAUGGUUUGUUCCUGGAAGAGUUUCAUGACGCCUGAUUUAAUGAAUCAAUUCAUGUUCAUUCAUGAUGCAACAAAAUUAUGGAGGAGUCUUGAGCAGCGUUUUGGUAAGACUAAUCUGCCACAUCUUUUUGAAUUGACACGAGAAAUUGCUUUACUUAGGCAAAGGAAUUGGACUGUAAGUGAUUACUUUGAAAAAAUUGAACAAAUCUGGAAUUAA